AUGGCUGAAGAGAAUAAUGGUAGACGUACUUUGGCAGAUUAUUCUACAGUUGUUGGACCUCAUCAUUUUAACAGUAUAGCAAGGCCGAGGGUUAAUGCUGCAAACAUGGAGAUGAAGUCGACGUUGAUACAAUUGGUAAAGAGCAACCAAUUCAAUGGAUUGUCACACGGAAGUCCAUUUGAACAUCUGACUACGUUCAAUGAAAUCUGUAAUACUGUGAAGAUCAUUGGCGUGCCAAAUGAAGCAAUAAGGCUUAGUUUGUUUCCUUUCUCAUUGGAAGGAAAUGCUAAGUUAUGGCAGGGCGUGGAGGAGACAUUAUGUCAAGUGUGGGAUAGAUACAAAAGCUUGCUGAGAAAGACGCCAACACAUGGCUUUGAUGAUGCUACAGUAGUCAUUCUUUUCCUUGGAGGACUUGCCUCGCAGACCAAAUUGUUGCUGGAUGCCUCAGCUGGAGGUAAUAUUAAAUGCAAGAUUCUAGAGGAAGCACAUGAAUUGAUUGAGAAUAUGGCUAUUGAUGAUAAUGAGAUGCAUAGUGAAAGAGGAACUUCACCUCAACAGAAGGGAGUCCUACAAUUACAAUCUCAAGAUGCUCUGCUAGCACAAAAUAAGAUCAUAACUCAAUAG